GUCUCUAUCUUUCUUCCACAUAUAGAUUUUGAAAAAGCAUGAAGCAUUAUUCUAUGGCUAUCUUUCUCCUACUUUUCAUUGUCUCUAUCUUUCACUUCCAAUUGCAAGUCCUCUCCUCACACACUAUUCCCAAUCAAGAUGUUAGCUACAUGAAGUUUGUAGAGGACGCCAAAGAUUUACCAGAAAAAGAAGAAUAUGACUACAUAAUAGUAGGGGGAGGAACUGCAGGCUGCCCAUUAGCCACAACAUUAUCAUCAAAAUUCUCUGUUCUCCUCCUCGAAAGAGGCAGUGAACCCAACAAAUUUCCCUCUGUACUGGUUGAAGAAGGUCUUUUGAAUGCUUUUGCUGCAGAAGAUGACGACAAAAAUCCGUUCCAGCGAUUCAUCUCUGAGGAUGGCGUUGAGAACUUAAGAGGGCGGGUCCUCGGCGGCAGUAGCAUGAUCAAUGCCGGCUUCUACUCGCGGGGCCAUCGAGAGUAUUUUGAGAAGGCGGGCGUGGAGUGGGACAUGGAAUUGGUGGAGAAGGCCUAUCAAUGGGUGGAAGAGACUGUGGUGUCUCGUCCAAGUCUGAGUGCCUUGCAACCUACUUUUAGAAGUGCUUUGUUGGAAAGUGGUGUUCUCCCUGACAAUGGCUUUGGUUUGAGGCAUCUUGUGGGGACUAGAAUUGGAGGUUCCAUCUUUGAUGGAAAAGGGAACCGACAUGGAGCUGUGGAGCUUCUCAAUAAAGCCAAUCCCACAAAUCUUAAAGUUGCCAUCCGGGCUACAGUUGAAAGAAUAAUCUUCUCUGGUUUAUCUGCAAGUGGGGUUUCAUAUUCCGAUUCAGAAGGAAAGUUGCACACAGCAUUCAUACGCAACAAAGGAGAGAUUAUUCUAAGCGCUGGAGCCAUUGGGAGUCCACAACUUCUCCUCCUAAGUGGGAUUGGCCCAAAAUCUCAACUUUCAUCCUUAAAACUACCUGUCGUCCUCCACCAACCAUAUGUCGGCGAAUUCAUGUCCGACAAUCCCCGUUUCGGCCCUAGCAUUGUACUUCCAUUCCCAUUUGUCCCUACGUCGGCAAAAGUGGUUGGAACUUUGGAGAACAAUAUCCAUUUGCAAACUGUCGCCAGCCCUUUACCAUUCUCAAUCCCCCCAUCUUUUAGUCUCCUUCCUCCUCAGUCUAAUUCCGUCAACCUCAGCUUAGUCAUUUUUACAGGAAAAUUCUCGGAGGUUCUUUCUGAGGGGUCCCUCCGCUUGAAUUCUUCCACUGAUGUGAAAAAGAGUCCCAUUGUCCGAUUCAAUUACUAUUCUCAUCCUGAUGAUCUUGCGCGAUGUGUUGUAGGAGUAAGAAAAAUGGGGGAUUUGAUUAAAACCCCAACCAUGGAAAAGAUUAAGACGAGAGAUUUUGAGGGUAAGAAAGUAUUUCAGUUUAUAGGGCCUUCGUUGCCGGAAAAUUUGUCGGAUGAUAGUACUGUUGGAGAGUUCUGUCAUAAAUCGUUGACCACUUAUUGGCAUUACCACGGCGGUUGUUUGGUCGGAAAAGUUGUCGACGGUGACUACAGAGUCAUCGGAAUUGGAAAUCUUCGUGUGGUGGAUGGCUCCACUUUCAUCGACUCGCCUGGAACCAAUCCUAUGGCCACCCUCAUGAUGCUCGGCCGGUAUGUUGGCCUUAAGGUACUGCAACAAAGAUAUUAAAGUUAGAGUGUAAACUAAAAGACCACCAUCUCCCAAGUCACAAUGUUCUUGGUUUUCGAGUGUUGUAUGAUGUUUGUAUCUUAUUUUCAAUUUUUUUUUUAAAGAAUAGAUUUAUUUUGUAAUUGUUUUAUGUUUUCAUUUCGUUCAAAAAAUUAAUGUUAAACCCAUCUUAAAAUUUUCUUGAACGAACCUACCUAUCAUUUCUUGAGAAAAACAAAUAGCGUAUCAUAGAAAU